AUGAUGCAUGGUCCUUGUGGUGGUGAUAAUCCUAAAUGCCCAUGCAUGAUUGAGAACAAGUGUUCAAAAAACUUCCCGAAACCAUUCUUAGAUCAUACUUCUGUUGAUUCUAAUGGUUAUCCUAUAUACAGGAGACGUAAUGAUGAUUUAUUUGUUGAAAAUUCGGGUGUGAAAUUAGACAACAGAAGCGUCGUUCCAUAUCACAAAGUCCUUUUGAAAAGAUAUCAAGCUCACAUUAAUGUUGAAUGGUACAAUCAGGGUGCUUCCAUCAAAUAUUUGUUUAAAUAUGUUAACAAGGGUCCUGAUAGGGCUACCAUGGCAGUUAUCCAAAGCAACAAUGUAGAUGAUACUAAAGAUGCAGUUGAUGAAAUAAAGAACUACUACGAUUGUAGAUAUUUGUCUGCAUGUGAAGUCUCGUGGCGGAUAUUUGGAUUUGACGUCCAUUACAAGUAUCCUUCUGUUGUUAGACUUCCUUUCCAUCUUUCUAGACAACAAAAUGUUGUGUAUGGUGCAGUCGACGAUAUCGACGAUGUCCUCGACAAACAAUCUGUUUCUUCUUUGAUGUUCUUAGCUUGGAUGACAUGUAACGAACAUAAUAAAGACGCACAAAAACUUUCAUACAUUGAAUUUCCUUCAAAAAUUGUAUGGAAAUUGAAAGAUCGUUGCUGGAAGCCAAGAAAAAUAGGAAAAUCGAUCGGUAGAAUUCAUGCAGUUUCACCUAAUCUUGUUGAAGCGUAUUUUUUAAGAAUUCUUUUAAAUAAAGUCAAAGGUCCGAAAUCGUUUGAAGAUAUCCGCAUGGUAAAUGGUCACGAGUAUGCUACUUUUAGAGAGACAUGUUAUGCUCUUGGACUUUUAGAAGAUGAUAGAGAAUACAUUGAUGCCAUCGAGGAAGCCAGCCAUUCAGGUUCUGGUUAUUAUUUACGAUCUCUAUUUGCAAUUAUGCUAAAGUCGAAUAGUUUGUCUAACCCGUCCUGUGUUUGGGAAAAUAUAUGGAAAUAUUUAUCGGAUGUAAUUCUAUACAAUCAAUUGAAGCGAUUAAAUUCUCCAGGUUUAUCGCUUACUGAGGAUCAACUUAAGAACUUGACCCUUUAUGAGAUUGAAAAAGUUUUACUCCAGAACAACUCAAGCCUCAAAGAUUAUUAUGGGAUGCCUUACCCAGAUCAUGAAUCUAUACCUUCUUCAAACAAUCGUUUGAUAACCGAGGAGCUAGAUUUUGACAGGACCAUUCUACACAACGAGUUGAUUCAUCUGUUGGAUUCAUUAACAGUUGAACAAAGAGGUGUUUUUGACAAAAUCAUGAAACAUGUUCAACAUAUGGUGGUACUGGGAAAACUUUUCUUUGGAAGACAUUAUCUGCAGCCUUAA